AAGUUUUUGAAUUAAUCGAUAAUUUUGUUGAAAAUGAUUAAAAUUAUGUUCAACUUUGUGGUCUCCACUGUGGACUCUGACGCCGACACUAUCCGUUCCACGCAUUCAUCACUCUUUUUUAAGACAGGAACGGACACAGACAGACCAACAAACAAACAAACAAACAAACUCCCUCCCCUGCAAGAAAUACAUAAAAAGUGUUGGAGACACACAGUGACUGAGAGAGGGAAGCUAAUACGAUUUUGAGUUCUGUCUGUAUUCUUACUGUUUAUUGAUAAGUUUUUCAUUGUCAUUUGUCAUCUUUUGAGCACUAAAGUUUUUCUUGUUUUUUAUUUUUUUAAUUAUCGAGUUUUAGUGGAAAACUUGAAAAGGGUUGGAGCCCUUUUACGGAUUGUUAAGUUACUGUAGAAGAAGGGAGAGGGAGAGGGAGAUGGAGGGUGGAAAGAGAGCAGAAGCUGGGACAUCAAGCGGUGUUGUUGGUGAGAAGCAAGAAAAGCUAAGAGAAAUGAAAAGUGAAAAACCGCCAAGUGAAGUGUUUGAUGAUAAAGAUGAAGAUGAAGAUGCAGAAGAUGGCAAGGAAGGUGCUGGAAUUGUUACUGCUGGUUUUGUUCCCGGGCCUUUGCUUUCUCUUAAGGAACAGGUUGAGAAAGACAAGGAUGAUGAUAGCUUAAGGAGGUGGAAAGAGCAGUUGCUUGGCUGUGUUGAAGGCGAUUUAAAUGGGCAAAUGGAACCUGAAGUAAAAUUUCAUUCAAUUGGAAUCAUAUGUGAUGACUUUGGGGAAAUUAAUACUCCCUUGCCUGUAGCUGAAAAUCAGAGUGGUGUUCUUUUCACUCUCAGGGAGGGAUCUCGGUAUCAGCUGAAAUUAACAUUCACUGUUCUGCACAACAUUGUUUCUGGUCUAACUUACUCCAACACAGUGUGGAAGGCUGGGCUCCAAGUUGAUCAAAGCAAAGGGAUGUUGGGCACUUUCGCUCCUCAGCGGGAACCAUAUGUGCAUACUUUGGAUGAGGAGAUAACUCCAUCUGGUGUGCUAGCUCGGGGUAUUUAUUCAGCAAAGCUUAAGUUCGAAGAUGAUGAUAGAAGAUGUCAUAUGGAACUCAAAUAUUCCUUCGAAAUCAAGAAGAGCAACUAGCCCAAUUAUUUUUUCAUGUCUCGCAGUCUUUUCUCCUAUACUGUCAUAUGACCUAAACACUUGUUUCUUUAAAUUAUUGUUAAACAUUACUUUGUAGGGAAUUUUUAUUACAGUUCAGUUUCUUUUA